AUGUUAUGUACUAAUCAUGUAGUGCUAGUGGUGGUGGUGAUGAAGGUGGAGUUGGUGGUUGUGGUAGUGGUGGUGGUGAGGAUGGCAGUUGUGGAGGUUGCGGUGGUGGUGGAUGUGGAUGUGGUGGUUGUGGUAGUGGUGGCUAUGGUGGUAGUUGUGGAGGUGGUGAAUGUGGUAGUGGAGGUGAUGGAGUUGGAUGUGGAAGUGGAAGUGGAGGUGGUGUCAUUUUUCAAAAUGAAUUAUGGUAUUUUGGGAAUUAAAAAAAUUAAUUAA